UGUGUGUUUGUGUGUCUGCCUGUCUGUCAGUGUGUGUUCCUGGUGCAUAGCCCAAGAACUACUAGACCGAUUUACUUCAACUUCACUAUGUUACAUGUACUUUGGUCCUCGAAUUUGGUGAUUUUGAUUUUAAUAUGACGUGGCCUCGUUUGGCUAGGCCAAGCCGACUCGAGCGGACCGACCGCUGGCCAGAAUCAAAUUAUGAUGGCGGCACGGUGUGUCAAAUCCUGGCCGGUGGACUGGAAACGGUCUGGUCGGUGUGCAAACUUGCCCGGUUGAUAGGUUUGCCCCACAAAUUAGGUCUAAUAAUAAAUUCCCCUAAAUCCGCCCCUGCAAAAAUGCCAUUAUUUUUCCAGUAAAGAUAUGACGCAAUAAGGCAUUUGAGCGUCCAGUAAGAUAGUCACUUUACCAGUGUAUCAUUGAGGUAAAACCAUGUUGAACAACAGGAAGGUAAAAUCGGCUGGCGAUAAUGAGCAGGACACCCUCAAAAUGGCACUCUGUCCUUUCCAUAAUGACAUGCGACAGGUCAUGUACUGCAUGUCUUGUGACAAACCUGUUUGCGACGAGUGCAUUAAAUUGUCUCACCAAAAUGCCACACACAAGAAAGACUCUAUUAAGAAUGUCACGCAAGCAUAUAAAAGAUCACUCACUGACCUUACACAGAGGACAACAAAUAUGUUAUCUAAGAUUGAUAAAGGCAUGGAGGAUACAUCAGAGGUACUAGAAUUACUCCACGAAGAGUACGACAAAUGCCAAGCAGAUGUUGAAAACACGUUACAAGGUGCCGUGGCCAUUCUUAUUGAAAAGAAGAAACAACUAAGGAAAGAUCUAAAUGAAAAAUUUACUACAAAGCGAGCAGUUUUGGAAGCCCAGCGAGAUAUGUUAUUGUCAAUUCGUCACGAAAUUACCAUGAUAAAUAAAACGUGUCAGCAUCCACGUGUUUACCCAGAUCAUGUCAGUGCCAUUGAAUGGCUGAAAGAUUCAACACAAAAAAUGCGAGAUAUAGUAAAUAACCCGCCUAACUAUCUACCAGAAGAAAACAGACGUCUUGUAUUUAAAGCUGACGAAGACUUCAUAGACAUGCUGGAGGAGACAGCUUUAGGCACCAUUAAUACUAAUUCAGCUGUCGGCUUUAACUCCACCAUAAAUACUGGAGAGAUACAAGAUGUUCACACUGGAGAUAGUAUUCGCUUGUAUUUGACAACAAAGGAUUCAGUUGGCAGUGAUGUGAGAGUUGGUGGAGCUGAUGUAUCUGGGGAAUUAAAACACCCAAAUCAUCCUAAACAAUAUGCUAAAAUACAUGAUAAUCAGGACGGAACAUACGUCAUUGAAAUUACGCCAUCAUAUGCUGGUGAUUGUGUUUAUACGAUUAAAUUAUUCGAACAGUUGAUUAAAGAAGGUAAACUAGAAAUAAAAUGCCAGCCAUCUUUAGGAGAUGCUCUGGACUUCACCCAUAGUGCCUUUCGAGACAAACCACCAUUCAACGUCUCAGUGUCUACUGACGGAGAUAUUUUCGUUACAAAUAGAACUCCGAUAGUUUAUAUAUUCAACAGGAAUGGACGCUUCAUGAGGCACAUCCAAGUACAGCAAGCAGGCGACUUGCAAGGCAUUGUGGUUACCACGGACAGAGUCAUGUUUUUGACAGACCACGUCAAGAAGCAAGUGAUCAAGUGCAGUUCGGAUGGCAAACUCUUGCGUCGUUUUGGCAAAAAUGAGUUAGUGGAUCCUGUCGGUGUUGCCGUCGAUAAAGACGGCUUUAUUUAUAUAGUCGAUCAUGGAGUUCAUUGUAUUUUGAAGUUCGAUCGCAACGGUAAGAAAAUUCAAUCGUUCGGUCCUGAGAUUGCCCUGCCUCACCGUCUUCUUUCACCAUGGUUCAUUGACAUGUGUGGAGAUGAAUUGAUCGUGUCAGACACCUGGAACCAUAGAAUUCAAAGAUUCACAAAGCAUGGUACACAAACAACUAUGUUCGGUGUCCGGGGACAUAAAGAUGGUCAAUUUGAACGACCGAAAGGUAUAACGUGCGACGCAGAUGGCAAUAUGCUUGUGAGUAGUGAACAUCAUGUUCAGAUGUUCGACAAAAGUGGAAAGUUUGUGAAGGUUGUUGACAAUGGGAAACCGACUGUUGAUCCACGAGGACUUUGUGUAAUCCCGGGCGAAUGGAGGCGCGUGGUAGUAGCAGAGUGGGGAAACUCACGUGUCAGAAUAUUUGCUUAUUGAACAAAAUAAACUGUCAUCAGAUAGGGUUAGUCAGGUGGUGAGAUUCACAAAUGCGCCUUUAAGAUAGUUGUGGUUUGAACAAUUUUUUCUACAUUAGCACAUAACGAUUAAACACAACACUAAAAUCUAUUAAUCAUAACUAUAUUGAUGUAGAUAAAUGAUGUGAAUAUGAUGAUGACAAUGAUGAGAAAAAAUAUGAACCGGAUUAUUGAAUAAUCACUUCCUCAUUAUAGACUUCAUAAAAUAUCGUACAUUUUACUGUGAGCUUCUCUAAUAAUAUACUAUUAUUAUUGUUAAUGUUCACAAUUUAAUCGUGGUAUCUUUAUAAUGGUAUACUAGUAUACAUAUUUCAUACUUGUUAAGUUUGUGUAUUAUAAAAGACCACAUGCAUCAUAACAUUGACGGGAAUUACACAAAUUAUUCAAUUAUUUUAUUUCAUUAUUACAUGUUGUAAGCUGUAUUAGUGUUUGAAAAUUUGAAAAAGUGUAUAGUGUGUUAUUGUAAAAUAAUAGGAUAAUAUUGUUCUUGAAAAAAUCGCAAUGAAGAAUGGGAUAAUUAGAGGUAAAACUUGAUUUUAAAAAUUGAGAAUAUUGAAAACGUUAUGAAAUAGAACAUUAUCUUACGUAUGCAUUUCAAACCUAUGUUGUUGAAAUUGAUGUCUAAUUGGAAUAGUAAAUUAAGUAUAGGGUUAUGCUCCGGGGAGACGAGUUACCGCAAUUAGUCGAAUAAAUGCCCCGCAGCGUUUAUUUUUGAGGAUUUUUUUUUUGUUUGUGUUGUUUAAUGUAAAGUCUUAUUGAUCCUAACUAGGUUAGAAAAAUGUAAUUGUACUGGAGAAGAAUAUUAUAGUCUGUUGUCUUAUGUCAUAUUUUUU